AUAUUAAUAUUUAUUUUACUCUUAAUAAACUUAAAUUUAAACAUCAUCAUUAUGUUUCAAAAAUUAAGUUUAUGUUUAAUGAUAAUAAUAGCCUCAUUAAAAGGCUAUGACAUGGGCUGCUCAAUGACCGAGGAACAGUUGGACCAAAGCUUUUAUGAUUCAAUGUUUUUUGGUAGUAAAGAUGCAAUUGUGCCUGCUGAUGAGGCAGAAAUGGAUAAGCAUUGCAGUCACACCAAAGGUGGCGUCGAUGGUGUCAAGCAAUACUCGGACACCUGUUUGAAUGGCUUUCCCCAGAAAGUGAUGAGUAUGCUCUACACAAAUAUGGGCCAUCAUAUGGACAACCGGUGCGAUAAACCGUCGGAAAGGGCAGAGUUUCUGGAAAAUAUAAAGUGCUUUUUGCCCAAAGAGAAGAUGGAUCCGUUGCACGUCUGCUUCGAUAAGUUCACCAAAUAUACUGAGAUAACGGCCGGUAUGUCAAAGGACGACCCUUUCCUGCCGUUCAUGUGCUGUGGCUUUCAAGAGUACAAACACUGUGUGCUGACCAACACCGAGAAGAUCUGUACUGUCGGUCACUCGCAGUUCUGGGACGAGAUCUUCGAUGAAAUUUCAAUGGAGGCGAUCACAUACGCCUGUUCAAGCUAUGACUCCUACGAUAAUUGUAAUAAAAACUUGUUUCCCGAAGGAUUGAAACAAAUUAAGACUAUUAGUGAGGCAACUGAUCCGGCUGUUUGGCACCACGGCUUUAAAACUCCAGUUAAGUUUUUGUUGGAUAUGAUCAAGAAAUUUUAUAAC